UUUGGUGGACGCGGCGGCAGUUGCAAGUCCUCGGCUCUGAUCCAGGCCGAAGCUUCCAGGAUUCUGUAAGAAGGAAGCACCUUAGCAGUCAGGGCUGGUCCAGCAGAAACCAGGAGAGUGGCUGCAAUGACUUCAGCAAUACUGGUGGACAUACGGGAUGAAGUGACCUGCCCCAUCUGCCUGGAGCUCCUGACAGAACCCGUGAGCAUAGACUGUGGCCACAGCUUCUGCCAAGCGUGCAUCACUGCAAACAACAAAAAGUCCAGGAUCAGCCAAGAAGGAGAGAGCAGCUGUCCUGUGUGCCAGACCAGCUACCAGCCUGGGAACCUGCGGCCUAAUCGGCACCUGGCCAACAUAGCAGAGAGGCUUAGAGACGUGGUGUUGGGCUCGGGGAAGCAGCCAAAGAUGCUUCUUUGUGCACACCAUGGAGAGAAACUCCAGCUCUUCUGUAAGGAGGAUGGGAAGGUCAUUUGCUGGCUUUGUGAGCGGUCUCAGGAGCACCGUGGUCACCACACGUUCCUUAUGGAGGAGGUUGCCCAGGAAUAUCAGGAGAAGUUCCAAGAGUCUCUGAAGAAACUGAAGCAAGAGCAGCAGGAAGCUGAGAAACUAAAAGCUGUUAUUAGAGAGAAGAGGGCAUCCUGGAAGAAUCAGAUGGAACCUGAGAGACAGAGGAUUCAGACACAGUUUAAUCGGUUGAGAAGCAUCCUGGACAAAGAGGAGCAGCGGCAACUGAAAAAGCUGGAGGUAGAGGAGAGGAGGGGGCUGAGUAUUAUAGAAGAGGCUGAGGAUGAGCUGGUCCACCAGAGCCAGUCACUGAGAGCUCUCAUCUCAGAUCUGGAACGUCGGUGUCAGGGGUCAAUGACAGAACUGCUGCAGGAUGUGAAUGAUGUCACGAAAAGGAGUGAGUUCUGGACCCUGAAGAAGCCAGAAGCUCUCCCCACCAAGCUGAAGAGUAUGUUUCGAGCCCCAGAUCUGAAAAAGAUGCUGCGAGUGUUUAGAGAACUGACAGGUGUCCAAAGUUACUGGGUGGACGUGACUCUGAAUCCACAGACAGCUAAUUUAAAUCUUGUCCUGUCCAAAAACCGGAGACAGGUGAGAUUUGUGGGUGCUCAGCUGUCUGGGUCUCAUCUGGAAGAGCAUUAUGACUGUGGUGUCCUGGGCUUUCAGCACUUCUCUUCAGGAAAACAUUACUGGGAGGUAGAUGUGGCCAAGAAGACUGACUGGAUCCUGGGGGUGUGCAGUAAUCCAGGGGAGCCUACAUUCUGUUUCAGCCAGUUGGCGAACAAUCAGAAUGUUUACUCCAGAUAUCAACCUCAAAGUGGAUACUGGGUAAUUGGGUUACAUCAUAAACAUGAAUAUAGAGCCUAUGAGGAAUCUUCUGCUUCCCUGCUCCUCUCCAUGAUGGUGCCCCCUCGCCGCAUUGGGGUUUUCUUAGAUUAUGAGGCCGGCACUGUCUCCUUUUUUAAUGUCACAAACCAUGGCUUCCCCAUCUAUACCUUCUCUAAAUAUUACUUUCCUACCACCCUUUGUCCAUAUUUUAAUCCUUGCAACUGUGUAGUCCCAAUGACCCUGCGUCGCCCAAGCUCUUGAACAUUCUUCUGUCCUCGCCCACAUCUGAGCAGUAUCCUUUAUUCUGAGGCUCAACUGUACCUCAGUCUCUCCCUUUUGACCUUCUGUUUUUCUGCCUUCUCACUUCUUUACCUUUGAACAUUUACUCAAUGCUAGAAUGUACCCAGUAGUGAUAAUGAACAUCUUUGAUGAAUCAAUCACAGAUCUUGAGAUGGGUGGGGGUGGCUUUCAACAUUUUAGCAUUAAACAUGGUAUUUAAUAAAGAUUUGUUUUGUUGAUGCAUGGGAUCAAAUUUAAGAAGUUCUCUUCUAUUAAUUUGCUGCAAAUUUUUGUACUGAAUGGAAAAUUAAAUUUCAAGAGAUAUUGUUUCUGUUAUUAUUGAGACAAUCAUAUGUCAUUUUUAUUCUGUUAUUGGAGUACAUUCAUUUGUUUUAAUUAUUAUAUCUAACACAAAUUCCUGAAAUAAAUCACUGUUAUUCCCCAAAUGCAAUACUGGAUUUGUUUUUGCUAAUACAUUGUUUAGGGUUUGUUUUCAUCUCUGUUUGUGAAAGAAAUGGACAUGUAAUUUUACAUUCUUGUGACAUCGUUGUCGGGUUUUAUAAAAUGCAAUUAAUGAACAAAGAAGUCCUGUAUUUUUGUGUAAGUAUAUAUAGGAUUGAGUGCUAAAAACCAUUAUAAUGUUAAUUUGGGUCACUUUAAAUUCAAAUUAAAGAGAUUCCAAUUUCA